AUGUCGCCACCCAAUCAACAAAUUCAGGAUGAACAGCAACAAAAUUGUUAUUGUUAUUAUGAUGAUCAGUUUCAACAUUCUGCCCAGCAACUUCAGCAACAACUCCAACAAGGACAACUUUGGAGUCACGUGCAACAACAGCAACAGGCUCAAAAUUCCGGUCAACAACACAUUUAUAUGCAACGAAUUAAUAAUCCAACCCAGCAAUUUCUUCAACAACAAACUCAAAAUCUUGAUCAAGAAAUUAUUGCAUUUGAUGAUUCAUUAUCAAUUACUGCAACAAAUUCACCAUUUCAAAAAAUGACUAAUAUCAACAACAAUAACAUACUGGCAGCGCAAUAUUUGCCACCACAACCACCACAGCAACACUGCCAAUUAGUUUAUGCUAAAAACAACUCGCAUACUUCACAUUCAAUUAAUAACAACAUCAAUGGUUUAAAUAAUCCCGAUGUAAAUUUAAAUGUUCCUUCAUUAAAUUGUGGAAACAAGAAUGAAGAUCUUUUUUCAGCCUAUUCUUAUCAUGCAAUGAAGAUUAGUCAGCAUCAUUUUGAAUUAGAACAAAUUAUCAAUACGUUAUGGCAUAGACAUGGAUUAAAUUAUUACCGGGAACAUAGUAAAAGAAUUAAACGUAAAAGAGCAACCUCAUCAUUUAGCAUCAGCAGCCCUGGCUAUAAUCAACAACAACUUAUAGAUUAUCCACUAUCUGCACCAACACCACUUGGCACUCAAGGAUGGAUGAUUCGUUAUGAUUAUAAAUUGGCUGUUUUUGCUGAAUUUCGUCAAGAACUGGAUGCCGCUUUAAAUUAUUAUGAAUCAGCUUAUAAUCUUCUCACGGAUCUUUUCUCCCCUGAAUCUGUCAUCUCACCAGGAGCUCCUGGCCUAACAAUUCGUAGUAAACGUUGGGAAGAAGCAAGAAUUUUGACAGAUUGUAUUAACGUUAAGAUUUGUAAAAUAAGUAUUCUCAUGGAUUCACCUUUGGGUGCCUUGGCUCAAUUAAACAAACAUGUGAAAACAUUUAAACAAAUAUGUAAUAAGUUAGGAAUAGGAGAAGAUGACACAUUUGAGUAUUGGUCAUGGUUGUCUAAACAAUAUCGUGUAUUUGGUGAAAUAAUAGAAGUUGCAACAAGAUCUGGUUUUAUCAUACAAGAUGCAUCAAAACUGUCUCACUCUAUUUCAGCACCAUCACUGUCUGCAGAUUAUCGUUACUCUUUAAGCAGUAACAAUAAUCCAAACUUUGGUGUAAAUCCAACCAUGGUUUUGCAACAUCCUGGUUUCUAUUAUUAUUUGGCAGCCAAAUAUAAUUCUAUCAAAAGACAAAAAUUUUUAGAUAUAGAAAAGUCGAUACAUGAAGGGAUAGACGUUGUUGCAAAGAUACCAGAUUCUAUAUUAGAAGCUGAACGGAUGCUUGAUCAUUCAGGAUUUUUUGAAAGAAUUGCUAAAACAUAUCGUAAAGAAGGUUGGCAUACUAUUUUAGAAUCAAUUCUACAAUUAUCCUUGAGGUGUGCAAAAGUUCUUGAAUUUAUUAUGGAUGAACAAAAAAGAACUGAAAUUCAAAAUGAGUUAACAAAUAUUAUUUUUCGUAAUGAGAUAGAGAAUCUUGGUAAUAUUAAGCCAGUUAUUCUUAAUAUGAAUGAAACAAUAACAUGUCAUGUUCAAUUCAAACAAUCCAUGGCUUUUGUUGGUGAACCCACUUUAUUUCAAGUCACUAUAACUACAUCACCUGAUUCUCCUCCUUUGCCUUUACGGUUUUCAUUCAUACGCUUCACAUUUAGUGACGCUCAUUUUAAUCAUUAUUUAAAGGAUAAAUCGCAUGACGAUGAGGAAAUUGAUGACUCUAAGAUUCAAUUGAUAGAUUGUAAAGAUUGUUCCUGGGAAGAGGUUGAAGGUGGUGAAGGUUAUGCAUGGGUGAAAGAUGUGAAACUUAUUUUUCAAAAAGGUGUAACAAGAGUUUUCGAAGGCAUAAUAACGCCAAAAGAGAGUGGUGAAUCUCAUCUUCAAGUUGUUACACUUGGAAUUUUAAAUACUAAAUGGAGAAUCGAACUCCGUUUUGAUUUAAGUGGACAACGUGAAACCCAAUCAAGACGUAAAUGGCUUAUAAAAACCGCUACUGUACCAACAUUUAAAAAUAUUAAAGAGCAAAAUAUAUUAAAAGUGACAAAAAAACCACCCAAAUUAGAAAUCAAAGCAAACUUUUCCAAUCCAGUUUUAUUAGAUGAGUAUUAUCCAAUCGAACUUGUUGUCACUAACUUGGAAUCAGAAGAUGUUAAGGCAUUUAUGAAUAUUGAUAUAAUUAAUGAUUUGAAAGAUAUUGAUCUUGAUAUAAUACCUGCAGGUCAAUCUUGUGUAAAAACCAUUUAUAUUAUUGGAAAAAAGACUAUAAAUUUUAGAACAUUACAUUUAGUUGUAAAAUGGAUUGAAAAGAAAGAAGAAAUCAAAGUAUCAUUUAUAGAACCAUUUACAGUUUCUUAUAGUAUUGUUCCACAGAUUGAAGAAAUAAAGCAUGAGAAAGAUGCUACUAAUUCUGAAAAUUCUCCCGUCGUCAUUAAAAGAAUUGACCGACAUCUUUUGACUGCAAAAAUUACAAGCAAUGGACCUUGGGACCUUUUAGUAACUGGAAUUGAUUUGGUUUUGUUGGGUCAAGCGAAUUCUCAAGCUAAAAUUGAAAUUAUAGAAUCAAAGAACAACGAGUUGGAAGAUCAAAUAUGGAAAACUGGUCAUAAACAUCAGGUUAAUUAUUUAUUAGAACUUACAAUAUUGGAUUAUAUUUCUAAUGAUUAUAAUAUCGAUGUUGGAUUACUUGACAUUCAAUGGAAAAGAAAAGAACUCAUUAAAAAUAUUUUUAUUCCAUAUACUGAGACAACAAUGAUGACGCCACAAAUAAUAAUUCCUAAAACUGAUUUAACUGCGAUACUAACAAUUCCAAAAAAAUCAAUUGUCGGAAAAAUAUUCACUCUAACUUUAAAAUUAAUCAAUUGGACCAACACUCAAAUAAAAAUAGAUGUCAUGGUUGAAGUAAAUGACACAUUUGUAUUUUCAGGCUAUAAACAGACCUAUUUUAAUGUUUCACCAUUAGGUUCAUACCUGUUCAAGGUUAACUGUUUUCCAUUGGUACCUGGUAAAACGAAAUUGCCAAAAAUUAAAAUGAUCAAAAAUAAAGUUGUCGAUGAUAAUAAUGCUCACGAUGAUGAUGAAAAUGAUAAUAAUGGAAACAAUAAAGAAAUUCAUAUUAUGGCACCUGGGUAUAAAGAAAUUUCAGAAGAUGAAUGGUUUUUUAUAUUUAUUAAACCUAAAACUAAAAUUUAG